AUGGGCAACAUCUGCUCCAAAUCCGCAAACAAGCCCGACGCGACAGCCUCGCCGGGCCGUGUCCUCGGAACCUCUGCACAGGCCCAGCAGAACAAGGCCUCUGGUGGCCGUGUUGCCCCACCCAAAUCCACAAAUUGGCAGGCAACUCCCGGGCGAACGCUCGGAGAGUCUUCGCCAGACGGGCCGCAAGGGAGCAGCGACGAGGCACGUUCAAACGCUGCCAUCGCGGCGCAAAAACGUGCCCAAACUGCCACGACAAGUACUAAAGGCAGGUUGGGGUCAAAGCUAGCGGCACAAAAGGCAAAGACGCAGACGCAGACGCUGGCGGAGGUUAGUAGGGAUGAACGCGCUGCACGGGAUGCCGAUCAGAUUGCAGAAUUAAGGACUGGAGCAUAG